AUGAGUGAAAGCGCAUUUACUCCUCCCGACUACGACUUCGAUGAGGGUCCAAGUAUUGAAGCUGUAUCUUUUGAUGAAGCGACUGUUCGUAAAGAACUGAUGGCGCUCAAUGAGUCGAAAUUACCGGAUCCAGACUACAUGCCACCUACGUUACUGAAGGAGCUCGCUGCCGAAUUAGCCAAAUCACUGUCCAUGCUUUUCCAAGCCUCGUACGAAGCCGGCUGUUUAUCCGCCAAUUGGAAAUCUGUGCGUAUCACACCACUGUAUAAAGGUGGCAACAAGGGCUCUGCAAAUAAUUACGGACCAAACAGCCUCACCUCCAUCUGCUACAAAGUUACGGAAAAAAAAUUAAGCGAGAGCCAAUGCGCUUCUUAGAGCAGCAUAAUUUAUUAUCUGAUGCACAUCAUGGGUUCCGCAGCGACGGGUCUUGCGCGGAGAACUUGCUCUACUGUUUGGAACGUUGGACUCGGGCAAUUCGCCGCAUGUAGCCGUCUAUACUGACUUUGAAAAGGCAUUUGAUAGUGUCACACAUCAGCGACUACUGCACAAACUUAGCCAAACGGCCUUAGGGGUAAUCUCCUAAAAGCGGAGUUCCCCAAGACUCAGUUAUUCGUCCUACUCGGUUCAUUAUUUAUAUUGACGAAUGCGUUAGUUAAUUAGAUUGUAGUAUCGCCACGUUUGCGAAUGUUAUUAAGCUUUGAAACUGCGUUCGAACUGCAGAUGACGCAGAGCAUUUGCAGGCGAACCUAAACCGACUCCAACAGUGGUCAAAUGACUGGCCUUUGCCGUUCAAUAAAAACAAGUGCAAUAUUAUGCGAGUAUUCACAAACCAGAUUUCCGAAUCCCAUGUUUAAUGCCUGAAUGGUUUACCACUGCAAGAAGUGGCCUCGCAGAAAGACUUGGGAAUAUGGAUUACGACCUUGCCCUAACCCUCGCUGCACUGCGCAAAGGUAGCCAAGUCUGCGAUGUCAGUUCUCUACCUUGUCAAGCGGGCUUUCUAUGCCUUUGGUAAAGACUGCUUCGCUUAAGUCUUUCGGAUGUUUCUGCGGCCGCAAAUGGAAUUCGAUAUCCACGCUUGGAGCCCCUGGACCGCGAAGGACCUCAGCAUCCUCGAAAGUGUUCGGUGGCUUGCAACGAAGCUUGUGACAUGGCAGGCUUCUCUAACAUAUGGAACACGGCUAACUUACCUUGAUAUCUUUUCCCUGAGUUACAGGCAUCUACGGAAUGAUCUGAUACAAACCCUCCGUAUCAUACGCGGUCAGGGCAGCAACCUCUUAUCGGGGGCUUCUUGGAGUUUAAAAACCUACGAGGUCAUCCAUUCAAACUACGUGUGACUGAGGCCAGGCUGGACACACGAAAGUUCUUCUUAUUCUCUAACAGAACGCUCAAAGAUUAGAACGUUCUGCCUCUGCAUGUCGUUGUGUCUGCUUCAGUCGAGGUCUUUAAGAAGAAGAUGAAUUUGUUUAGCGGUGUCCACUAAAAUACCACCCGACUUCUGUAUAUGUGACAAGUGCGACAAAUCCCGUUGUUAUAAUACCCCUUGCUAUAUUUCAGUAACCCUUUAAUUGAAUUUCUUCUUGUCUUUAAUUCGUCGUAUACGCUUCUUGGCAUGCAGUUAUGCAAUUUUUGUCACUCGGGAUAUUAUUUCUUUUACUGCACUCCAAAGGACUCUUGUACUACUGUUCCUACCACUAACACUCUAGACAGUUCGUCCAUCUGUGCAGAGUUGACGCUUUUCCGCUUAAUUCUUACCCUUAUGAUACCUUUUACAAUUUUUUGAUGUUUAAUUUGCCUGCGAAAAAAUAGGGAGUUCAAAGGUGCAGACCUACAUUUCUCUCAAAUAAAACCGAAACGAACUGAAAAUCCUCUGUAAUUAAACAAGUAUGCGACCCGAAGGUGCUUCGAAAACGUCGCCCCGUGAAUGCAUGAACAUAUUUCAAGAGUGUUCGACGCUCACCUCGCCACAUUGAAUAGUCAUGAUCAGGAAAGCUUUGCCAAAAGAAGAGUGCACCAGCAUGUUAGACAGGGUGGGUGGUACAAUUUUCUGGCCUAAGUAGACUACCUGCCGUAGAGCAAUAAUCGCUACCUCGACAAAUAAUGAUUAACGGUAGCUCGCUGGACGUACAAUGUGGAACUCAAUUACCUGAAUAUGAAAUCUGCUUGCAAUGAUAAUAAUGAUUGUCUAAUUGCGCUAACAGAGUACAGUAGGGAGAAAUCUUUACGUCGGAAGAAGAGUCAUCGUCUUCAUCCUUCGACCUUCACAGGAUACACUUUUCUACUAUACUCACCUAAGCGUUAGGACAGAAAUCAGUCAGUGAUUUGCGUAGUCCGCAUUAACUUUUUGGCAUCUACUCUUUAGUAACCAGCACUGCCAACUAAAUAUCAGAAAACACAGUGUAGAUCCCCAUCGUGGGAUAUCUCUGAUGGCAGUAAAGUAUACUUAACGGUGAAUUUCCAUUUUGUCAGAAUUUUGACUAAGUCCGCAGAUCUCAGGGUGGCAAAGAAGAGUUAAAUAAUUCGCCACGUCAGAUAAGGUGAAAUCAGCGAGCCAAACAACAAAGAUCUCUGCUGCGAGAUCGGGUCAACCGGAUUAUCCCUCAACCUCGCAUCCGGUGUCCUACCUUCGAGCUCUAACAGACCUGCCCUUCUGCUCUGUAAGGUGAUUCGAUCCCAGGUCGUCCUCUCUGGCAAAUCAAUGCCAUCCGGGUGGUAAGAAAGGCUUAAUGUGAUUGAUAGUAAAACCUUUUAUGUGUGGAAGGCUAAAGUGCCUUGACCAUUUGAGGCAAAACCUGCAUUCAAUAAUUCGGCAAAUGGGCAUGCCGUACACCGAAAUCUAGGCCACAGUCAACAGACUUAUGCUCUUCCUCGGAGUGUAACCCACGAAUUCUCUCAUUAAAUAUUGUGUUAGAUUAAAAAGGUUCAUGAACAUGAAACAUGAGAGCGGGUAAAAUGUAUUGGGGUGGACUUAAGGCAGCUAGGCUCUUAGUAUCUUGAUCGGGAAUAGUAAUUACUUGUUUAUUUUCCGGAGCCUAUAAACUCCUAUAAAAGUCCAUUUUCAGAUAUGAUAAAGGCAGCAGAACCGUCGACAGCCAUGAAAUACGUGAACUGAAGAAUGAUUGGUGCCUCAUAUCCUGAAAUGUCCGCAUAGGGCUGUAGGCGUGCAGAAGACAGUUAUGAGGAUUGGUGGCGUUCACUUCAGCGGUCAGGGAUUCAAUCAACUCGUAACCUGUUUAGAAGAUGGUGGUUACUAAUUUUACUAGUUUGUCAUCCUACCAUAUGGCUGCGUUAAAUUCAUGUAUGCGCAAUCCGAAAGUUUGUUUGGUCUGGCCUAAUUACGAGGGCAGGCGCGCAAUACGCUAUGUCAAAAGACUUACUGGGGUUUAGCCUGACCCUGACCGCUUAUUCUUAAGCUCGGGAUUGCGAACCUCAUUCCAUUCGAUUUGUAUGCUCAAUUCGUAUUUGGAGAGACCGUUUACUUAUGCACUCCAUGAAUGCUUGUUGUUGUAUCAGCAUGCUGGCGACAAAGUCGUUUCGAGCGCAUAUCCAGCAGACAUGAAUAAGGUUUGCAAAAGUAAGAGAUCCGGGUCGGUAAUCUGAGGAGAAUGAAUUGCUCACCGGAUCGAGGGACUUUUCUGGCUGACGUUUCGAAGAGCUGGGGCUACUCUCCAUUGUCAAAACGUCAAGUGAAAAAAUCGAUCAUCAUUUUUGAAUAGACUGCCGCAUUAGUUGGCCUUGGGCUGAUCGAUUUUUUUCUUCUUUCACCGCCUUGGUCUACUGGUCGUCACCUGUGAGUGUUGGUGGCCUCCUGUAUUACGUGUCGUCACCUGAAUUGGGGUUGGUUGGGUUUGCGUUCACCUUUUGGGUGAAGUGGUCGACAGACCGUGUUUGCUCGGCAUUCUUAGGCUCCGUAUGAUUGUAUUGUCUUCGUCACGCUGUAUGAAGUGACGUAGGACUUUAUAGGCCGAAGGCGGGGGCCCUGUGCGCUGUGCCGUGUGCACAGGGUUUGCGGAUUCCGUUGGAUGGAAGGUCGGAUGGAACCUUGCGUCGGCACCGUCGUGACGUGGUUCGUCUCUGCACGUCGCUUGACAGCCGGUGACGGGAUGGAUCUCCACAUCGACAUCGCCUUGACGCGCCCACCCUCGCCGACGGAGACCGCGGCUUACGGCGAAUUCGAGUCGCUCUCCACUACAACCCGAAGUCGUGGUCCCAUAGUGGAGUUCGGCCGUGCCACAACGGCACAUGGCAGCCCUAUUCAGGGAUGGCACUGCCAGCCCCCACGAGGGGAAGGGCCUAGAAAAGGUGGCCUAAACAUUGCUGGGUACCACGCCGUCUCCAGGCUAGCCAGGGCCGCAGACGUCUAAACAUGGUCGAAACAAUAAAAAUCGAAACAACAACAAUACCAAUAACAACAACAACCAUACUCAUUCUCCUCAUCCUACUUCUUCUUCCUCUACCUCCGUCUAUUCUUCUGCCUAUACUUCUCCUUCGUCAUCUUCUCCUCCAUCUCCUUCCCGUCGCCGUACUCGUUGUCACCAGACUGGCAGGGUGAGCGCGCUCACUCUGGCAGCCUGGAAUGUUCGUUCCCUUUUAGACAAUCCGAGGAGCAACCGACCGGAACGAAGGACGGCGCUAGUGGCACGAGAACUGGCGCGAUACAAGGUGGACAUCGCCGCACUCAGCGAGACCCGUUUCUCCGAAAAAGGCCAACUGGAGGAGGUGGGUGCCGGCUACACCUUCUUCUUGAGCGGUCGACCCAGGGCAGAGCGACGGGACGCGGGCGUCGCCUUCGCCAUUCGGAACGACAUCGUGGGACGACUGCCCUGUUUGCCGCAGGGCAUCAACGAUCGCCUGAUGAGUCUCCGCCUGCCUCUCUGGGGAGGCAAAUUCGCCACCAUCAUCAGCGCCUACGCUCCGACGAUGACCAACCCCAACGCCGUCAGAGACAAAUUCUACGAGGACCUGCACGCCCUCUUGGCGACUGUGUCGAAGGCGGACAAGUUGAUUGUCCUUGGCGACUUCAAAGCCCGCGUCGGCACAGACCAUACUGCCUGGAGAGGAGUGCUGGGUCCACACGGUCUCCGCGGCUCCAACGAAAAUGGUCUGCUACUGCUUCGCACCUGCGCAGAACACCGCCUCAUCCUGACGAACACGUUCUUCUGUCUGCCGGAGCGAGAGAAGGCCACCUGGAGGCAUCCUCGGUCGCGUCAGUGGCACCUGCUGGACUAUGUCUUCGUUCGGAGGCGAGAUCAGCGGGACGUGCUGGUGACGAAGGCGAUCGCGGGUGCUGACGGGUGGACCGACCAUCGCCUCGUCAUUUCGAAGAUGCGUAUUCGCCUACAGCCUCGCAGGAGACCACAAGGUAAGCGACCCCCAGGUAAGCUGAAUGUUGCUUUGUUGUCUUUGCCUGCUCACCGUCUCCAUUUCAGCAAUGAGCUAGCUCAACGGCUAGACAACCUUCCGAUCGCUGCCGCCGACGACGCCGCCGCCGUUGCCGAGAACGCCUCCGUGGAGAACCGCUGGUGUCAACUGCGAGACACGGUCCAGUCGACGGCGCUCGCCGUCCUCGGUCGCGCUCCCCGCCAACACCAGGACUGGUUCGACGACAACGACGCCGCCAUCAGAAAUCUGCUUGCUGAGAAGAACCGCCUACACAAAGCCUACGUAGAUCACCCCACUGAUGCCACCAAAGCUGCCUUCUACCGCAGUCGCCGCCAACUUCAGCAACGACUGCGCGAGAUGCAGGACGCGUGGACUGCUUGCAAAGCUGCGGAGAUCCAAGGCUAUGCGGACCGCAACGACUGGAAGAAAUUCUUCUCUGCGAUCAAAGCUGUCUACGGUCCGCCGACGAAGGGAACUGCUCCUCUCCUCAGCGCCGACGGCAACACUCUCCUGACUGAGAAGACGCAAAUCCUACAGCGAUGGGCCGAGCAUUUUCGAGGCGUCCUCAACCGCCCCUCCGUCAUCUCCGACGCCGCCAUCGAGCGUUUGCCGCAAGUGGAGACCAACGUGGACCUCGACCUCCCGCCAUCCCUCCAGGAGACUAUCAGGGCCGCGCAGCAGCUCUCCAGCGGGAAAGCACCCGGAUCGGACGCGAUCCCUGCUGAGGUCUACAAGCACGGAGGUCUUCAACUGAUGGAACACCUGACUGCGCUCUUCCAGGAGAUGUGGCGUCAAGGUGAAGUCCCGCAAGAUUUCAAAGACGCAACCAUCGUGCAUCUCUACAAGCGCAAAGGGAAUCGCCAAGUCCGCGACAAUCACCGCGGCAUCUCCCUACUGAACAUCGCCGGGAAGAUCUUCGCUCGCAUCCUGCUCAACCGCCUCAACAACCACCUAGAACAGGGCCUUCUUCCGGAAAGCCAAUGCGGCUUCCGUCGUCAUCAUGGGACCACGGAUAUGAUCUUCGCCGCCCGUCAACCUCAGGAGAAGUGCCAAGAGAUGCGGACCCACCUGUACUCUACCUUCGUGGACCUGACGAAAGCCUUCGACACAGUGAAUCGUGAAGGACUGUGGAAGAUCAUGCAGAAAUUCGGCUGUCCGGAGCGAUUCACUCAGAUGGUGCGUCAGCUGCACGACGGUAUGAUGGCGCGAGUCACGGAAAACGGAGCUGUUUCAGAGGUAAUCGCAGUGACCAACGGCGUGAAGCAGGGCUGUGUGCUGGCGCCUACCCUCUUCAGUCUCAUGUUCUCUGUCAUGCUGAUGGACGCCUACCGCGACGAACGCCCCGGGAUCCGCAUCGCCUAG